GGCUGCUCAACACGAGAAACAGUAUAAAACCAAACUCCCCUUUUCAUACUUUUGAUUACCAAUCAAGUCUUGCCUUCUUGCCUUUUCUAACCAGAUAUAUAUUCUCUCUUUCUCAUCUCUCAUUUCAUCGUAAUCACAGACAGAAACAAAAAAUGAGCAUUGGAAUAGUGGAAAGGGCUCUCAACAGCCUGGGAAAAGGCUUUGAUUUAACUUCAGAUUUCAAGCUCAAAUACUGCAAAGGCAAAGAGAGAUUAGUUCUUCUCAAUGAAACUCAUCGAAAAGAUAUAAAUCUUCCUGGUUUUGGCCCCAUCAAAGAUGUUUCCAUCGAUGUCAAAUGUGAUAAAGGUGAUCGAACUCGUUACCAGUCAGAUAUUCUUGAAUUCAAUCAGAUGUCAGAGUUUUUCAACCAGAAGAAUUCAGUUCCAGGGAAAAUUCCAUCAGGGUAUUUCAACGCCAUGUUUAACUUGGAGAGCGACUCAUGGGCGACGGAUGCAGCCAAUACAAAGUAUUUGGGACUCGACGGAUAUUUUAUCACUCUCUUUAAUCUUCAUAUUGAUCGCUAUCCUCUCCUUCUCUCCGAUGAAGUUCGUAAUGCUGUUCCUUCCUCCUGGGAUCCCGGUGCCCUUUCAAGAUUCAUCGAGAAAUAUGGAACCCACGUCGUUGUGGGGCUGAGUGUUGGCGGCCAAGACGUGGUGCUGGUCAAGCAACACAAAUCUUCCAAUCUGGGGCCGUCUGAACUUAAAAAGCAUUUGGAUAAUCUCGGGGAUCAGCUCUUCACUGGAACCUGUAGCUUCAUCCCGAACGGCAAAGAACAAAAGCACAAGACUCCAGAAGCUUUCAAUGUAUUUGAUCCUCAACCUGUGGCCUUCAACAGCUUCUCCUCCAUAAAUUCAAAAGAUGGAAUAAGUGUAAUAUGCCACAAGAGAGGAGGGGACCCUUCAGCCAGUAGCCACUGUGAAUGGCUUCGAACAGUUGCAUCAAAUCCUGAUGCAAUCAAUUUCAAUUUCAUCCCCAUCACUUGUCUCCUUAAAGGAGUUCCUGGAAAAGGCUUUUUAUCUCAUGCCAUCAAUCUCUACCUCAGAUACAAGCCUCCUAUAGCUGAUUUGCAGUACUUUCUUGACUUCCAAUCUCACAAAUUCUGGGCUCCUGUUCACAAUGACCUUCCACUUGGUCCUUCAAAUAUGAGCACUCGUUCGCCUGCUCUCCAUUUCCAUAUGAUGGGUCCAAAGCUAUAUGUAAACACCAUUCAGGUUACGUCAGAGGCCAGACCUGUAACUGGGGUGCGUUUGUAUCUUGAAGGAAAGAAAUGCAACAGUCUAGCCAUUCACCUGCAACAUCUGUCAAACACCCCAACAGUGCUUGAAAACAGGAUACAAGACAUAUCAUUAUGGCGGGGAUCAGAAGACAUUCCCGAUUACCGAUUCAUUGAACCGAUCUGUCGAAAAAAUUUCUCUCAUAUAUGCACAGCGCCAGUUAAAUACGAUCCCGAAUGGACAGAAAGAAGAGAUGUUUCAUUCAUCGUCACUGGAGCUCAACUUUAUGUACAAAAACAUGAAUCCAAGAAUGUUCUUCAUCUCAGACUGUUAUUCUCCAAGGUUUCAAAUUCUUUUGUAGUGCAAUCAAAUUGGGCACAAGGGUCUGCCGGAUUUUCCCGGAAGUCGGGUCUUUUUUCCACCAUAAGUACAUCAAUUGCAGGGCAUCAAGUUAAGGAGAAACCGCCGGUUGCGGUGGUGGAUUCUAGUGUUUUUCCUUCAGGGCCGCCGGUGCCGGUUCAAACACUGAAACUUUUGAAAUUUGUGGAUACUUCACAGUUGUAUAGAGGGCCGCAGGACAGUCCCGGCCACUGGCUGGUCACCGGAGCUCGGCUGGAUUUGGAGAAGGGGAAGAUAUGUGUUCAUGUAAAGUUCUCGUUAUUGAACAUUUGUCUAUGAGAAAUCAAAAAUUGGCCGUGUGUAAAAACAGAGUAGUAGUUUUUACUCAAUUGUAUAUCCUUUUUGUAAUUAUUUCGAAUUUAAAUAUUUAUUUCAAAGUUUAUAAUUUUAUAA